GCGCAAGAACGAGCGCAUAAAGUCACCGGAGACGACGCGAUUAGCUCCAUCCUACUGGAUUCACGUUGCUCAAAAAUGGCGGACAAGGUUUCAAGAUCGGGAGAGGAAGAAGAGAAUGGGAAAUCGAGCAGUAUCAGCGUGUCUGGCAUGCAAUUCGGAUACGACGGGCAGCCUCCUCUUUUUGUGGAGUUUAACCUUAACAUCUUUCCUGGAUCUCGCUGCCUUCUUGUUGGCGCUAAUGGAUCCGGGAAGACAACUUUAUUGAGAAUUCUGGCAGGUAAACAUAUGGUUGGAGGAAGAGAUGUUGUGAGGGUGCUAAAUCAUUCAGCUUUUCAUGAUACUCAACUGGUUUGUGGUGGUGACUUGGCCUAUUUGGGAGGUUCUUGGAGUAAAACCAUUGGAUCUGCAGGAGAGGUUCCACUCCAGGGAGAUUUCUCUGCAGAACACAUGAUAUUUGGAGUUGAAGGUAUUAAUCCUAUCAGGAGAGAGAAGUUGAUAGAGCUGCUUGAUAUUGACCUGCAGUGGCGAAUGCAUAAGGUAUCUGAUGGGCAAAGGCGCCGAGUCCAAAUAUGCAUGGGUCUUCUUUAUCCAUUUCAGGUUCUUCUGCUAGAUGAGGUUACAGUUGACUUAGAUGUUGUUGCUAGGAUGGAUUUGCUCGACUUUUUCAGGGAAGAAUGUGAACAGAGAGGAGCUACCAUUGUAUAUGCAACCCACAUUUUUGAUGGAUUGGAGACAUGGGCUACCCACCUAGCGUACAUUCAAGAUGGUGAAUUGAGGAGGUCUGAGAAGUUAUCUGAGGUCGAUGAGUUGAAAAGCUCUACCAAUCUGCUUUCUGUUGUUGAGUCAUGGCUCCGUUCGGAAACCAAGCAAGAGAAAAAGAAACCUAUUACUGCAUCUUCCCUGAACCAAAAGACCUCACCCUUUGGUUCUUCGCCUUUCACGUCAUCCAGACAUAUGGCAUACUACCGCUGAUCGCUUAAGUCAGCUAGUUUAUACUUUAUAUGUAGGUUCAAGUUAAAGUCAAGAUACAAGGAAACCUAGAAAGACCUUGUACGUUGCUAGCUGGCCAUUUUUUUUAUUGAGGGUAAUGAAUAAAGGGGCAGGCAAGCGAUAUUCUUUGUGGCUCACCUUGGCUACAUACAGGAUGAACUGAUAGUAUUUCUUGAGCUAAUACUACUGUAAUAAUUUGUUAUUAUUGUUGAUGAAACGAUUAAAUCUUUCAUUUGUAAGAAUAUUAUACGAUAAUAAUUAAUUAAAUUUUCUGGGUUUUCUUCUA